AUGCUCCCGCAGCAGCGGGGCGCCAUGCUCCUGGUUCUUCUCGAGGAACGCAAAGCCAGUGUCGCGCAAGUCCAGCAGCAGCACAAGACGAGCGAAGAGGCUGUGGUCGUGGUAUGGCAGGAACGUGCGCAGCACUGCCGCCACAUUGUACACGUGAACCUCAUGCACACGCACGAGAUACUCGAAGACCUGGUGUGCGGCCGUCAGGAGCAAGUGGGGGCUGAGCAGCGUGAGGAACUGCUCCAGCGUCGCGUCAAGGGUACGAUUCUCCUCGGCACUCAGCAGCUUGCGCUCUGUACGCGUCUUGUGUGGAUGAAACAGCUCGUCAAGGAACGGAUGGAAGCGGUUGUCGAUGGCAGUGAGGGUAUUCAGGCCGUGUACGGCGAGCUGGUGGAUCUGCUCGCGUGA